AUAACAACUCCGAUUACCAAAACAACAGUCAUCGAUAGCUUCAGCAAGCAGAAACAAAUUAUUUAGCUUAGAAAAUCCCCAACAAAUAAAGUCAGCAGUAAAAUGAAAUUCCGCUUCUGCGGCGAAGGCGAUUGUCCCGAUUGGGUCUUGGCAGAGAUCAUAUCAACACUCUCCAACUUGAGCAUUGAAAACUUGGAACAACUUAGCGAUUUAGUGGCCCAACGGAUUUGUGGACAGGCAUUUGAGGAGGCUAAAAUAAAAUCGCUCACAUCCACUUUAACUAACGAGGGUAAAACCGCCGUGGCAUGCAUCAAUUUUAUGCUGACCAGCGCAGCUCGCUACAGCUGCACCGAAAGCAUUUUUGGCGAGGAGAUCCAACAACUGGGACUGCCCAAGGACCACGCCGCUGUCAUGUGCAGAGUCCUCCAGAAGCAUUCCGCCGCCAUACGGCAAACACUUAUAAGCAAAUCUUUCAGAAUUAACGAACUGAAGAGCGUCCGUGACAUAUCUACGCCUGGACAAACGCCUCCAAACUACGCCACCUUGGAACUUAAGAUCUCGCAAGAACUGGUCGAUGGCCUGCCGAAGGAUACCACCCACGUUCUCAACAUAGAUCGCGCCCAAAUGAAGGCUCUGCUGGCGGAGCUGAAAUUGGCACGUGAUGUUAUGCAAAAAUAUGAAAAUAAACCAGAUUCCUAAACAUACGAAGUAAACUAUUAAAAAACU